AUGCUCUCCAACUUAACCGUUCCUUUAUCGGUAACUUUCACCAACCCAGAAGAUUUCUUUAUAUUUAUUUUCCAUAUUCUGUUUGCCACGAGUGCGGUGUUCCUGGCGGGUUCCGUGGUCAUAGGUAUAUUCAGUACAAAAUCUUUGCGACAACAGAACCGCUUCAUCUUCAUGCUGAACACAAGCAUCAGCGAUACACUAACUGGCUUUUCAGUUUACUAUCUUGGUCUGUUCGACGUUCAAGAAGGUUACCCCUCUAGAAAUGGAACAUAUUAUAUUUUGCCCGCAUUUCUAGGAGUUAAUGUUUUCACUUUUCUACUUGCGCAGUUUGACCGCUAUUUUGCUGUGUGCCAUCCUUUCUUUUACAAUCGCAUCAUCACUAGAUCUUUUGUAAUUGGAGUAUGUGCAUUUUCUUGGAUAGAAACGUAUUCUAUCAUCACGGUACAAAACAUGGUGCCAAUCUACUUAGCGACAAAAAUGAACGCAUUCGCUGUAAUUACUCUACAGAUUAUAGUCAUAACGAAAUUGCUGAUGACUAUAAAGUUAUAUUUCGUAGCCAGAAACCAGUUGGAGCGCGAGGCGCCCAGCGCGGAGAGAGAUAACAAGAAGGAAUCACUGCGCAUCAUAGUGUUUGUGGUCAUCUGUUUCCUAACGUUGUGGUGUCCCUCUUUCGUUAAUAUUGUGGUGAAGCAAAUGACCAAAGGAGGCGUCAGGUUUAGGAACGAAGCCACAAAUUUGUUCGCUAUUAUGGCACGUUUUAACGCACUGGUAACACCAGCUCUUUACAUCUGGGGCAGCCCAGCGCUGCGCGCGGCCGUGUGGAAAACCGUGUGGCCGACGGCCAAUCAGGGACGGCACUCUGAACAGCAUCGCCGUCCGUCCAUCCAUGCAAAGAUCAAGCAGCCAUCACCGUCCGUCCAUGCGAAAACUCCCCCUAGCGAGGACGUCCAUAUGGACGUCCAUAACGCUCUGAGGGAUUUAGCCCCUACUGAUUAG